CAAAAUGGAGGACGGUUAGACAAAUCUGUCAAAAAUCUGUCAAUUUUUUCUAGAUAAAACCAUUUUUUUCAUCGAAUCUGCAUUCCUAAUAUUGCAGAGUCCUUUUUAAACAUACAAAUAUUGUAGGAAUGGCCACCAUGAUGGCUGAAAUUGUAUAUGGGACGAAGGAGGAGGGACAUGUCAUGUCUGAGAAAGUGACACAGCUUGCUUCCUCUGUCUAUUCAGAGUUUGAGAAAAUGAUUAAGAAAUACGAUGAAGAUGUUGUUAAAGAGCUUAUGCCUCUGGUUGUAGGUAUACUAGAAAGUCUUGACCAGGCAUUUACAGACAAACAAGAGGCUGAUGUGGAGAGUGAGCUGUUAAAAGAAGACAAUGAACAACUUCUAACGCAGUACGAGAGGGAAAAACAGUUGCGAAAAUCAGCAGAUCAGAAAUUCCUGGAGACAGAGGAUGAGAAUGAGGAGUAUCGUAAACAGACUGAGGAGAAAAUUGAGAGCCUUGAGUCCAUCGUGCGCAUGAUGGAACUCAAGAACAAGAAUGCCACAGACCACAUAAAUAGAAUGGAUGAGAAGGAGUCAGAGAUGAAGAAAGAGUACAACAAGGUCCAUGAGCGAUACACAGAGUUGAUGCGUACCCACAUGGAUUACAUGGAGCGAGCCAAAAUGUUGAUGGGCACUGACAGAAUAGCUGAGAUGGCCAACAGCCCAAGAACCAGCAUAGAUAAAGGUUCUCGACGAAGGAGUUCCAGUUAUGGCUUUGUGAAGUCGCCUCAAAUAUCCCCAUAUGAGAAGGGCAUGUUCCAGCUACCCAAUCUGAAGCCCGUGGGUUCCGUAAAUCUGACAGGAAACACUCCUCACCGCUCCGGUACGGGUUCCCCACCGGAUGCCAGUGCAUUCGACAUGAUGUCCCCAAGGAGCAGCAACGUCAGUAUUAAAAGUGAAUUAAGUGACCUUGAGUCACCUGACAUUAAUUCGAACACUGGCCGUCGGGUUGUCAUGACGACAAAAACUAUUGAUAAAGAGCAGAAUACUGAUCGUAUCGAUGUCCGGGAGUUUGCCACCGGUACAAAAGCAGAAGGGGAGAAAAAGAACAUCCCUGCCACUCUCCAAAACACAGAACCUCAAUCUAGUCAAACUAAAGCAGACAUUGAUACCACAGUAGAUAAACCUGGAGCAGUGAGUACAGACACUGAAACAGAUAAACCAGGAUCUGCAGAGAUUGCUGAAACAACUGGUACUCAAUCUGAAGUUGGUUCAGGUGAUACAGCUUAUACUGCUGACGCAGAAAGAGUGAAUGAAUCAGAAAAACCUGUGAAAGAAGACACUAAGAGCUCAACUGAAUCUGAAGUUUCGGAAAGAUUGACUAGUGUUGAUAGUGAGAUACCUAAAACAGAAACCAGUGUUGCUUCUACUGAAGCACAGUCUCAAGUCCAAGAAGUUGGUGAAGCGAAAACCACACCUGGUGAAAAAACUAAGAUGAAGAAAUUGUCUGUAAAGGGUGGAAAGAAAGUAAGAAAAAGUGAUGAAAGAAAAGCAGCCAGCUCACCACCAGAACCUCUAUCUCCUGUGUUUGAUGAGAAUGAUUUCACUUAUGAAGAAGAUGCUAUUCCUGGCCUUGAUGACACUAUUGCCCACAUAGUGGCCACCACACCGGAGUUGGAAGAUAUGGAAGAAUCUAUGGAGAGCUCCGUUAGCAACCACAGACACAAGCGCAAUGAUGCUUCCAUAUUUGAAGAGCUUGCCGAUCAAGAUGCAGACCUGAUAGGAGAUGUAGAUUACGGUGCUGAUAUCACAGGAAGGGCAGUUAAUCCUGCUGAUUAUGCCUCAUCAGAUAGCGAUGAAGAGAGAGAGGACAGAAACUCAACGGUCAGUGACAACUUCUUUGGUAUGAGCCGCGAGUUGGAAAACCUUAUCCUCGAAAACACAGAGCUCCUUGCUACAAAGAAUGCCUUGAACAUAGUGAAAGAUGACCUCAUAGCCAAAGUGGAUGAAUUAUCUAGUGAACACGAGAUCUUUAGGGAGGAGAUCAACUCGCUGAGGGCAGUGAAGGACAAGCUGCAGGGACGCAUCAAGGAACUGGAGGAUGACCUGAAGAAAGCCAAGGAGGAGAUGGAGAAGAAGACCCAACAGCAGCAGGAGGCUGAGAAUGAGGAUGAUGUUCCAAUGGCUCAACGGAAGCGAUUCACACGUGUGGAGAUGGCUCGCGUGUUGAUGGAGCGGAACCAGUACAAGGAGAGACUCAUGGAACUACAGGAGGCUGUCCGAUGGACAGAGAUGAUUCGAGCAACGCGGGAACAUCCAGAAAUUGCCCAAUCUAAGAAGAAAUCAUCCAUUUGGAACUUUUCAAAAAGUGUGGUAAUAAGCAGAAAGGCAACAUUUGUAAGGUUUCUGGCCCUAUGGCUCUGGUACAUUGUACCUGUAAUCAUUCAUUUCUUUGGCAACCUGUUUAGUUCUCCGAACAAACCAACGAAGAGGCCACUUCCUGUUGCUAUGAUUAAGUACAAUGCCCCGACAACCAAUGUCCAACCCGUCGGAGACCCGAAUCAGAAGCACCGCAGUAAAUACCUCGGUGACAAGUCUAAGGCUUACGACUUUUUACAAGAUGACCUACAGAAAUCCUUGGGUGAACCCAUUGUAACACAGCCUGACACGUCGGAGCGUGCCAAGAAAGAACGUGAAAAGGAACGCAAGGAACAGUACAAACAGGUUCGCGCCCACGUAAAGAAGGAUGAUGGGCGUAUGCAGGCGUAUGGAUGGUCCCUUCCCGCCAAGUUUCAGCCCCAGUUGCCGACAGCGUCAGCAGUGAAGAGCACAGUUCCAGUACCCGUUCCUGUCUACUGUAGACCCUUACUGGAGAGUGAACAAGGAAUAAAGAUCUGGUGUGCUGCUGGCGUAAACCUUACUGGGGGUCGUACGAAGGAUGGGGGCUCGAUUGUAGGUGCGAGUGUGUUCUACUCCAACCCCGGGGAGGAGGAGCCAGCUAAGCCCCGAAAUGGGGAUGAGGUUGGCAAGGUGGAGCAGGAACUACAGGAUCAUGAAAAUAACCUGCGACGCGGGGAGAAAGAGCAGCUCUCAUCGUUAGUGUGGAUCUGCACGAGUACGACAGUGGGAAGUUCUGUAUCCGUGAUUGACGCCAACAAUCCAGGCGAUAUACUGGAGACUUUCCGUGUCUCAACCACGCCCAUACUGUGUAUUGCAAGUGUUCCUGGUGCGCUGGAGUCCGACUACCCUGUAGAUGAGGAUAUCUUGAAGGCAGACUCGUACCCCCACUACCCUGACCCCACCCCGUCAUCGGGGGCCCAGGGGGUCGGUGACGAGAAGAGGGAAGGGGAGGAGGCAGGCAUCGGUGGUGUGUCCUUUGUGCAGUGCGCCACGGGAAGUUCGGCAGAAGGAAAGAGUGGCGAUGCCUCACCUGUGGGGAGGUCACCCCAAGGAUCUAGGGAUGUUUCACCAAGUCCUACUAAUCUUCCGGAGGCAGUUGCACAGAGUCUCAACAAAGACACCGCCUCGAACCACAGUGGCAGUACAUGCAGCCUGAGUGACCAGAAAUCAUCUAUGGGGUCAAGGUCAUCCCUGAACAAACGGGCAUCGCUCGAUUCAAUAAUCGGGAAAAGGUUCUCCCAGGGCUCCAUUUAUUCGAUAGGGGAAUCAUCUCAGCCAACAGUGUUCAAGGCGAAAGGUGAACCAGUCAAUUCAGGGGCAGCAACUCCUGACCUCUCUGGUAGAACCAGUCACAGGCUUCUAAAAGACCCCUCUGGAUUGGUCAAGGACGGAAUUAACUCCCUUGCAUCAGGAAAUGAUCUUCAGGCGGAGGAGGUGGAAAAGAUGGGCAGCGUUCUGCCCACCAUGUGGCUAGGAGCACAGAGUGGCAGCCUGUAUGUUCACUCAUCUGUGUCACAGUGGAGAAGAUGUCUGCACUCCGUAAAACUGAGGGACUCUAUUCUCAAUAUUGUCCAUGUGAAAGGCCGUGUUCUGGUUGCGUUGGCUGAUGGGACAGUUGCAAUAUUCCACAGACACCCAGCUGGUCAGUGGGACCUGGAAAACUACCACCUGCUGGACCUUGGCAAGCCCCACCACUCCAUCCGGUGUAUGACUGUGAUCGCGAACAAGCAUGUCUGGUGUGGAUACAGAAACAAGGUCCACGUUGUUGAUCCACAGAACAUGUCAAUAGCGAAGAGUUUUGAUGCCCACCCACGAAAGGAGAGUCAGGUGCGUCAGUUGGCAUGGGUUGGUGACGGGGUGUGGGUCUCGAUACGCCUUGAUAGCACCUUGCGUCUGUACCACGCCUACACGUACCAGCAUCUACAGGACGUGGAUAUCGAACCAUAUGUCAGCAAGAUGCUUGGAACUGGAAAAUUGGGCUUCUCGUUUGUACGGAUAACGUCAAUGUUGGUGUCGUGUAACCGUCUCUGGAUCGGAACAGGAAACGGCGUGAUUAUUUCCGUGCCACUCUCCGAGAACAACAAGCAAGCGGUAUCCAUGGGUUCAUCGAUGCAUCGUCCCGGUGGGUUGGUACGCGUGUACACCGACUCUAAGACGGACAGUGUAACGCCAGCCUCGUUCAUUCCCUACUGCACCAUGGCCCAGGCCCAGCUCUCAUUCCACGGACAUAGAGACGCUGUCAAGUUCUUUGUGGCUGUUCCCGGCAAGAAGAGAAAGGGUCUGAGUCAAGCGUCAUACAACGUGGACAGGCAGGCGGAGGAGAUGGAGAGCCCUACCGACGAUGGUUCCCGUCUGGUACUGUCCGGAGGCGAGGGAUAUGUAGACUUUAGAAUAGUUUUCAAUUUGCGGAUUCCUAAAGCGAGACGGAUAUUAGGGGAUGGAGAUGAUGAUGCCAUUCUUGGUGGUGAUACAGGGGAGGAGAAGGAGGAGAAAACCUCGCUGAGCAAGGGGGAGCGAAGCCACUUGAUAGUGUGGGAGGUGGGCUCUCCGGAGUGAUAACAGGGGCCAAAGGGAGGCAACCCAGCACAGCCCAUGGGAGGCUACUGUGUAUAAAAUGAUGUCAUAAAGGCUACCACAUUCACUUGGGAAUUGGUUUAGAGGGGUGGCAAGCAUCUAUAUGCCCCCACUUUUUGGUUAGAUCCAUUCAGCCAGCAAUCCAUGUAGUAAAAGUUGAAGUAACUUAUCAUAAGUUUUGCUUUAUUUUAUUUUGUCUUUGUGAAUAGGAAGAAUUAGCAAGUUAGGGGUAGAUACUUGAUAUUCAUACAAACCUUGCUAAAAAGUCUCAAAGAGAUUUAAUAAUGUUUUAAUCGCAUUUGAAUAAGUGUUGUUUGCUAUAAUGGCAUGUGUAAUAAGCGCAACACCAAGGAACUUUUUUUUAGAAAUCAGCUUUUCGUUCAGUAUCGCAUUUAGCGCUAAUGGCAACAGUUGAUGACAUACAUUUAUGAAAAUUGAUAUUAUGGAGAUCAACUAUGAUCAUGAUAAUCUGAGGAAUGGUUUUUAACUAGCCAGUUUUUCCUGCGUAGCAUGACUAGUACAUGGAGAUUACUUUGUUGGUCGUCAUCAUCAGUCACUGUGUCAUCGAUGACGUCACACUUAACAAUUCCGAUCAAUAGCUGUCAAACAACUUCAAAGUUGGUUUUCUUAUUGGACAAGGUCAGUGGAUGACCCCUUUUGAUUUGUGGGUCAAUAGGUUGAUGGUCAAGGUCAGGGUGACCGUUACCACAGAUUAGCCCAAAUUGCGGAAUUCUAGUUUGGGAUACAAUAUACAAUGUAACCUAGUCAAAAUAGAGUUGUAUAUUGAUACUCCGUUAUUUUUCCCCAUUUUUGUUGUAAUUUCUGUAAAAGAACUCUAGUCUAAAGAGCUUGUUUUGAACAUUGUAAAUAGGCUUUCUGUAGAUUUCAAUGUCCAUUUACUGAAUCUCGCUUGAAAGUCCAUUACAGUUUAAAGUUACUGCUAUCAUUUCAUGCUGUUGAUGAUCAAUAUUUUUUCAUCACAUUUUUGGUAUCAAAUGCAAAAAAAGGCAACACAUAAAAAAACAGUGAGGUAAACUAGGUGAAGUCAUUAUAGUAGCUGUCUUAAUAUCUAUUUGACAAAUAGUUUUUUGCCACGAAUAUUACAUAAAAUCUCUAAAAUAACUUUUUUCAUUAGAUUUUAUGGCAUUUAAUGUGGAAUGGUGGGCUGAUUCUGUGUCUGAACUGUAAUUAAGAUCUGAGAUUGACAAUAAAUUAUUGUGUGUGUCACAUCUUUUAAAAUAAGCACGACAUUUUUGCCCACUUAGUUUUAUUCUUAUAUGAGUUUGUUUGGAAAACGAUUAUGUAAAUGUUUAUGGUUUAAGGAAAACUUAGGUUAGUUUCCAUUUCUGGAAUAGUUCUGUACUUUUAGUCAAGAAAUAUACUAUAAUUCAAUAAACGGCAACAUGUUACAUUUUUUUCAACCAAGAAGACGAAAUAACUUUUAUGCCAUACUUAUGAAAAAUAUUAUAACCUCUUUGAAUGGAAGAUGCUUUCUUUGGGUUACUGUUCAUGCUGUUAAAUUUUUAUUGUUGUAUUCCAUUACAAUCUAACCUUGUUUAGAAUAAUGCAUUUUUAUUGCUGUAUUCAUUACAACCUAACCUCGAUGUUUAGAAUAAUGCAUCUGAUUGCUGAACAGCCUUGCUUUCGUCGUGAACAUUUGUGUGAACCUUCAUGUGAACAUUUAUGUGCGAGGUUACAUUGUCCUAUGUUUUGUGUACUGUGUUUGAAUGAUUCAAAGAGCAUUUUCAUGUCCUAAAGCCAUGCCGAGAUGAACAUAUGAGGUCUCACAACAAAACUGACUUAACUUCAUUUUAAAAUAGACAAAGUAACAGCUGUCUUGCACUGACCUUGAUAAAUGAACUUCUUGUAUGUGAGACGUUCUAAGAGUGCUGUAUUAACUUUUAAUGACCAUACUUUAGUGAUCAAGAUGGGUUUCUAUGAGUGUUUUACUAUUGGUUCUAUUUUAGUUCAUGCUCUACAAAGCCUUGAUUUGAGUUUAUUGAGAAAAUUUGCUGAGAUGAAAUAAAUUUGUUAUUGUCAACUGCAAUUUUACGGAAACAGAGGUAUUUUGUUCCUUCUUCAGGAAAUGUAAGAAAUUUGAAUUGGGGCAUAUUUUUUUCAAUUUUACCUAUUUAACAAGAAAAGACAAGAAAAUAUCCCCCAUUCCUUCUAAACUUGUCCCUGUUCAAUUAAUGUCUAGCUUGAUACCUGAAAGAAAUGCUUACUUACAUGAAAAAAUUAUAAAAAUUGUAGAUAAAUUAUUUUAUACUGAGCUAAAUUUAUUUUAAAUGUUCAAUACAAAUGAAGCCAGUUUAUUCCAGUAUCAGAAAUUUGUUAUGUACUGGGAUUAUUUUUGUUUUCAUAAUUGUUUUAAAUGGCUUUGAUUACGUGCAAUAAUAUAAUUUCCGUUUAUUUUUUGUACGGUCUAUGUAUAUUCUUUUUUCAAAUUUCUUUUGUCUGAUGAAAUUUAAUAUUAAUUAAUUUUGUAGACCAUAUGUAAACUUGAAACUGUUCUAUUAUUUAUUGGUGUUUUCUCAUUUUAUAUUAAUUGUCACUCUGUCGAGUUGUAUUAUUUUUUUAUUUAUUUGUAUUUUAUCAACGACCCACCUUUUUAUUAGCACUAAGCAUUUGCACUACUGAUAUUAAUAUUCAACAGAUACAAGGGCCAUCCGUUCUGGAAGUUUGAGGAAUUUAAACAUAAAAAAUAUAUGGUUGAAUUGUUUGAAAAUCAUGUUAAAAGCAAUCUACAAAUAGCUUGGUAUACUUGACACAUCGAUCAAAACUAUCAAAAAGGAAUAAUGUAAAUGGUAUGAUUACAUCAAUAUAAAUUGAUUGGUUAAUUUGGGGCUAAAAUAUGUGACACAAGUGUUACGUCUUGACGUCCUUUCAAAUUUGUGUAAAUAUUCAAUAUGUUAAUAUCCUGUGAACUUUCUGAACAACCCUUGUAUAUGUUAUGAAUUUUUAAUUGAUAAUUUUGCAGAAAUUAUAUAUUUUUUUCUUCUGAAAUAUCAAAAAGAAAAGAAGAAAAAAUCUCUUUUACUUACCUGUCAAUCACUUUGAUGGAGCUGCAUGUUUUAAAUAUAUUUGAUUUGAAGUAAUUUUAAAACCUGAUAAAUGACUGUUUGAGUGUUGAUGCAGAGAACAAAUUUUGAUUGGUCUGAGUUUGUAUGUAAAUUGCUUUAAAUGUUAUGUUAAUCCUUGUGUAAAACUGUUUUACAUGUCUGACAAGUUUGUAAUACAUGCAUAGUGUACUUGUACAAGAAAUAACUUAUUUGUAAGCAGAUUACUUAGAAAUAAACAUGUGCAUACCAUAUGGUAUCAAAGUCACAGAGUAUGACAUUUCCACAUCAUAUUUCCGUUACAUUGCAGAUGUCAGUUAUGGAAAUUAGAUUUUUAUAAUUCAUCGAAAGGCCAGGCAAAACAUAUUUUUAGAUUUUCAUCUGAAUGCAGAUGGCUGAUAGUUUUUCAUAAAUAAAAAAGACAUGAGUUAUAUUUAAAUUUUGGCACUGCUCCCUGAGUUCUGCAUAACAUAACAUCGACAUAGCAUCAAAGCCAAAUGUUUGUCUAAUAAAAAAUGUAUUGAUAAGAGGCUUAAGAUUUUGGAUAAGCGAUAAUGCAGCCAUUAUAUGGUGCGGGCAGACUCAAAAAUGAAAAAAGAAGGCUUUAAAGACGGGUUGGGUUGGGGAUGAGAUUCUGAAACAGAUAUUUUCUCUGGUCUGAAAAUAGCUUUUUCAUUGUAUGAAAUCAAAUAGAGACAUAUUUCUGUAUUUCCUGUGUUAUAUUGUAUUGUUAAGAGAUAUUUCCAGCUUAAUUGAAAAGAAAGGAAAUGAAAAUAAUUGCUUUUUGGUAUUGGUUGUCAACUGAACAUUGGUGAAGAUAAUUAAAUUGUCAUGGAAGAUAUUACAAAAAAAAGUACAGCGUUUUCAAGUUUUAAGUAGUUCUAGAAAAACAUGGAUUAUUUUUUUGUUAUGCAGGGUAAAAAAGAUAGCUUAAUCUGCAUAGAUAAUUUAAAGGAAAAUAAUAGCGCUAAGAAAUGUUACGAAGAUAUUUGUUUCGGUAUGUUUGUAUGAAAGUUUUGCAGUGUUGCAUAAUAUGUUACAAAUGUUGUAGAAGUUGCUAGUUAUGUUAUAUAUCAUAGUUGGCAGACUGUCAUAGAAAUACAUUGACUUUCAUGACUUUUAAAAAGUUCUUAGAAUAUAUCCUGAUUAUUGUUCACCAUCUCUUACUGAAACUGCCACCUUUGCCUGCUAGUGUAUGAUAAAAACCCUUAUAUUAUGUUAAAGAGGGCAAUAGUCUAUAGAGUUCACCAUAAAUAAAGUUAGUUAGGCCCUUCCCAACCGAUCCUUGGGAAUAAUGUAAGUAAAAAAACAACAAAAACAACCUACCUUAUUUAAAGUGACACUCGUAUUAUAAAUCAAUACAUAUACAUGUAUAACGAAUAUAAAUUUGGAGUGGUAAACCUUGGUUUUACUUACUUAAUAAUGCAUUUAUGGAAAAUAUUAAUGACUGAUAACAAGAUUGUAAUUGUGUAUUUAAUAGCUGAAAAUGCACAAAUAUUAAAUGACUGGUGGGUCCUAAAAGAUUUGCAGUGAUCAACUAUCUUCUCAUAAGGUAGGUAUUUAAAACAAUUGUAUUAAUUGUGGUACAUCUUUUUGGGGAGUAUGUGUGCAUUUUUAAAAAAAAUAUGGGUAGGGAAAUUCCAAACAAAUAAUAUUUUUAUUAGGUCCCUACUGAAACCUUUUGUGAGAGCUUUCUUUGUUUAGUGUAUUCAAGAUAAUUUCCUUUAGGCAUUUGUUUUACGCGAAUGUUGUGAGUAAAUGUCUGCAUCCAUGUUAUUUAUCAGUAAAUGCCUAUCAUGUAUUGUAAAUAUUGCUAUAUAUAUGUAUAUGCUGUUACAGUAUGAUAUAACACAAAUAAAGAAAUGAAAUCAUUCAA